AUGGCGGAACGAGACCAGUGGGGGAGCAAGUGCACUUUCCUCCUCUCCCUCAUCGGAAUGUCCGUCGGAAUGGGAAACGUCUGGCGCUUCCCGUACGUCGUCUACGUCAACGGCGGCGGAGCAUUUAUUAUUCCGUACAUCACGCUCACGCUCGUCGCCGGAAGACCGAUGUACCUGCUGGAGCUCGUCCUGGGUCAAUUCUCCGGUUACGCACAAACAAAAGCAUUCGACGGAUACCCGAUAGCAAAAGGCGUUGGUUGGGCCAUGGUCUACGCGUCGGUGUCGCUGGCUCUCUUCAACAGCAUGGUGCUGGCCUACGUCAUCAUCUACCUCUACUACUCCAUGGGGAAUCCCACGACAUUGCCCUGGAUGCAGUGCGACCCUUCCUGGGCCGACGAGCAGUGCUACGUCAAGAAGGAAGGCAUUCCCUUGGCUGUGUUGCGUGUUUGUCUGCGUCCACAAUGGCAUCAGGUCACUGGGAAAGGUCAUCUACAUAACCACCACGCUGCCGUUCGGGCUACUGCUCAUCAUACUCUCUCGAGUGCUCGCGUUGCCAGGAGCGUCUGUGGGGCUCAAGUUCUUCAUCGUGCCCAAGUGGAGCGAAGUUCUGUCGGUCACGCUCUGGGGCAGAGCCGCCGAGCAAGUGAUCCUGUCGCUAGGCCUGGGCUACGGCACCGUCAUCUGCUAUGCUGGCUACGGCAGGAUUCGGAACAAGCUCAUAAAUGCGCCACCGUUCAGGCCGUGCUCAGCCCCGUGCGUGACGAGUUUACCCCCACCUUGAGACCUCGUCGUUGGGUGCUGGCCGCCAGCGGGUGUCUGGCGCUCAUGUUCUUCGGGUUGCCCAUGACACGACAGGACGGAAUCUUCACAUUGAAGAUGUUCAACGCAUACUUCGGGGACCUAUUGCUACCGAUGCUGGCGUUAUUCGAAACCUGCUUCGUUGUGUACGGAUACGGUGAGUAUAGAAGGCACCCAUUAACGAUGGGUGCAAGAAGGGGGAUUUGCGUCACAAACAUCGUGUUCUUCGAGAAACUUCACAUAGCAGGAUACGACUUGCCUGUGUGGACGACCUGCGUUGGCAUAACGCUCGUGUUCAUAGGCCUGGCAAUAGUAGUCGCCUUCUGCGUCUAUCACCUUUAUAUCUGUGAAUGGGACUACGACGCGGCGCUGGCGAUCAACGAGGAUUGGGGUCCUCGGGAUCCCGACGAGCACUUGCGCUACCUCGCCUUCCUCAAGAGCCAGGGCACUGAAGCUGCGGCCGAGGGGCAGAGUGAGGACACGACGACGGACGCUCGCAGCCAGGGACAGUCAUCCGGCGAAGAAGGACAAAGCGGCAUCCAGGCCGCUGUGGUCGUCGCUGUCGAAGAUGCUCCACCAGAGAUAACUGCGGUCUUGUCGGACUCACCGGCGAUGCCCACGGCGCCUGGAGUUCCGUCGGAGGGCGGCGCGCAGCGCUCGGGCAGCGACCGGAACGCAGGACUGACGCGUACGCUGGUCAUCUCCGAGUCGGGUGUCACUGUCGUCACCAAUCCGCUGUCGGACGGCGAAGAAAUGCCACCCAAAGCCGCCAGCGUCUCCUAGGCGGAUUCUCUUUCUCUAGACCCGCGCUUGUAUAUUACACGUUGCUUCGAUUUCCGUUUUACGUGAAGGCAUCCAAUGUUGUUCAAAAAUUAUUGCGUCUCUUCUCGUUGUCUUUUUGUCCCCGACUAUUGACUGACCCGUUUCCUGGCCAUUAGAUGGGCUUAGAGACGCUCGUAUUUUUCGUCACUUUCGAAAACAGAUCUCCGCACCCCAGGGGAGACUAAAACUGUACAAAUAUAUCAUGCAUGCUAUAUGAAGUAUAUA